AUGAGAGUUGCGAAGGACACCUCUCCAUUACAAACAUCCCUAAUGGCUUUCCCACAGUUACUAGUUGGCAAAGUUGCCGCCAUCACCGGUGGCCUCACAGGCAUUGGACGGGCAAUUGCCCUUGAUUAUAUCCGUCACGGAGCCAAAGUCUCCAUCAGCCAUCUCGGCGGCGCAAAAGAAGACGCGCUCCUGGAAGCACUGCGCAAAGACGUAAACGAGAUCGAAGCCGAAGCAGCCAAGAGCCGAUUCCUCACGGUAUCCGGCGACAUUUCGCAGCCAGAGACAGGCCAGGACUUCGUCGCAAAGACCGUCGAGGCAUUUGGUCGACUAGAUGUAUUCGUUAGCAACGCAGGCGUAUGCCAGUUCGCCGAAUUCUUAGAACUCGAGCCCUCGCUUCUAAACCACACAAUCUCAACAAACCUCUCAGGCGCAUUCUACGCCACCCAAGCCGCAGCCCGCCAAAUGGCACUGACCCAGUCACCACCGGGCGGCUCCAUUAUCGGCGUGAGCUCCAUCUCCGCUCUGGUCGGCGGUGCCCAGCAGACACAUUACACACCCACCAAGGCCGGCGUAUUGAGUCUUAUGCAGUCUUGUGCGUGCGCACUCGGUAAGUAUGGUAUUCGCUGUAAUGCGCUGCUGCCAGGGACUAUCCGGACACAGCUUAAUGAGGAGGAUAUGAAGGAUCCUGUUAAGCGGGCUUAUAUGGAGGGUCGGAUUCCGCUAGGCAGACUGGGUCAACCGCGGGAUUUAGCCGGGCCGGCUGUUUUCCUGGCUUGUGAGGAACUGAGUGGUUAUGUGACUGGUGCGCAGCUACUGGUUGAUGGUGGGCUGUUCGUUAACCUGCAAUAA